AUGGCUGGUUAUAUUGCUAAACAACUUGUGGCAAAACCUUUAGAUGCAGUUAAAAACGUUGCCAAAGAUGCUGGAUCUUUAACAACAACAACAAAUGAUGAUCUUGAAGCAUCAAUAAUUGCAGCUGAAGAAAAACGUCGAGAAAGAUUUGAAGGUUUAGAAGAGCAAAGAGAAAAUAUGAGACAAACAAUUAGAGAUAAAUAUGGACUAAAAAAGAAAUCUGAUUUUCUGGAAGUAGGAACACCAGAUGGUUCAAGACGAUCAUCAACUCAUCGAUGCUCUGAUGUCAAUUUAAAUACACAUCGUCGAUCUGCUCAAGAGGAUUCAUUUAUGAAAUUUAUUCCAACUGCAAUACAAGAUGUUGCAUCAAGAGUAGUUGAAUUACCACAACAAUUAGCAAAUCAGGCAACUGAUAAAUGUUGUCUUAUGUAA